AUGUCCGGUCUCACAAUCCAUCACCUCCGGCUCUCUCAAUCUGAGAGAAUCACCUGGCUCUGCGAGGAGCUCGAGAUUCCCUACACUCUGAAAUGCUACAACCGCCAACCGCCCACUCUCCAAGCCCCAGAUGAGUACCGCAAGCUCCACUGGUCCGGCACUGCCCCCAUCAUUGAAGACAACGGCGUCGCCUUAGGCGAAACCAUGGCCAUCAUCGAAUACAUCCUGACCAAAUACGGCAAGGGCCGUCUAGUUCUAUCCCCAGACCACCCCAAGUACGCAGACUACGUCUUCUGGCUGCACCGGGCACAGGGAUCGACAAUGCCAUCCUUCAUGGGGAUGCUGUUCAGUCGGAUCCGCGGUACCCCAUCCGAAGAGGACUUUGUCUACAAGAUGUCUGAAUCACGGGUGAAAGCCACCUGUGAGGCGAUGGAGCAGCAACUAGCCAAGAACACAUAUUUGGCUGGAGAGGAGUUCACCGCGGCAGACUGCGUGUCUGUCUUCCACUUGACGACGCUGCGGCUGUUCGUUCCCUACAGCCUUGAGGAGUAUCCUCAUAUUGUGCGCUAUUUGGAGCGUAUCGGACAGCGUCCGGCGUACAAGAGGGCUAUGGAGAAGGGUGAUCCUGAUCUGGUGCCUGUGUUGGCGGCGGCGGCGCCUGCUAAGGCGCUGCUGUGA